AUGAGUGCUGAAACGAAGGAUAAUGUAAUUUAUUUAAACCCAGGUGAGUCUUCCUCGGGUGAAACGCGUACAAAAAAACGACGUGAUAACUCUGCUGAUUAUUCUCGGAAUAAGAUCAAACAAGCACGUAUUCAUGGGCAGGCUUAUGUGACGGCAAAAAAUAAAACUGUACGGGCUAAGACAAUAGGACCUCCAUGCAAGUGUGCUAAAAAUGCUGGGAAAUCAUAUCCAAAAAAUGCAAAAUUAGAAAACCUUGCAAAAUUAUAUAACUUGGGGACAAAAAAUGAACAAGAUAUCUAUCUCCAGGGGUUAAUAUCCUGUACGGACGUAAAACGACGCCGAGUGCUGAAGGAUAUCCCAUUGAGACAGAAAAUGUUUACAUACACCGUUCAAGUUUGUAAUGAAAAGAAAGAAGUAUGCCAUUCUGCUUUUCUUAGCUUGUUUGGUAUUACUAAAGACCGUGUUAAGAGGCUCCGUGACUUGUUGGUUUUAGGUAAAAUACCGGAAGAUAAGAGAGGGAAAUCGAAAACGGUCAAUGCGUUGUCUGGUGAUGAAAUUACCGCAGUGAUCUCUCAUAUAUCCUGUUUUCCAGCAAAAGAGAGCCACUACUCUUCUGGCAUAGUAAAGUAUCUGCCUGCUGACUUAUCAGUAAAAAAAAUGUUUCGACUUUAUAAGGAAAAAUACCCUGGAACUAGGAUUAAGUACGAAUAUUAUAAUAAAAUAUUCAGGGAGAACUUCGCUCUUCGCUUUGGACGACCAGCAGUAGAUACGUGCUGCCUCUGCGAGAGUCUGGACCUGAAAAUCAAUUCGAAAACCCUAAAUAACGUAGCUAAAAAGGUAGCUUUGGCCGAAAAGCUAGUACACAAGAAGAGGGCAAAGAAGUUCUAUAAUAAACUUCAAGAAGCAAGGCAAAGAUCCCAAAAAGAUGAAACGUUUUUGGGAAUUUGCUACGAUUACAUGCAAAAUGUGUCACUGCCAAUAAUUCCAGUGCAAGAAAUAUUUUAUUUGUGGCAACUGAGCGUUUCUAUCUUCUGCAUUCACAAUUUGAAAACGGGAAAAAAAUGUCCUGUACGUAUAUCAUGA